AUGAGUCUGAUGAUGGGCCCGCUGCUAAUCGAAAAUGGAGUUCCUCAAUCCAUGGGUGGCGUGCUGUUCACGGUUCGAGAUCGUCUUCAGUUGCAUCCCGUAGAUACUCCUACAAGCUCAGUGACCAGGUGCUUCGCUCUCAGCAAAGAUAGACAGCUGUUCAAGACAGAGAGGCAUAUACUGAGAAACCGCCGAGUGAAGGCCUUUAUGAAACAGAUAGUAGGCAGUCCAUUCUGGAGUCUGAGAGAAGAGGAUCGUGAUGCCGAGGCCGAAAUUAUCAAAGAUGUGGCCAAGGCCAGUCUAGAUUAUAUAGGCGUCCUACAUGUAGGGAAAGGAUCGAAGCACGAACAGAAAAAGUCCAAGGCAAGAAAGAAAAUUCUCGAGAAGCUCCGUACACUUCUACAUGAGCGUGUCGAGCUCUACAUUCAUUCCAUCGUCAACAAACUUUUCGACGAAAGUUUGCCCCUUGAGUGGAACAUGGGAAGCAACAACUGCCAAAAUUUCUGUGAUGCCCUGAUAGACCGCAACGUAUUCGGCAGCUUCAUGGUCUAUCACCGACACUGCAAGGAGAAGAAACAUAACGGUCAGGCAUCUCAAGUUCAAUACUUAAUGAGCUUUGUAAGCCGGAUCGGUUGCCACGAUGGACUCACUAGGCGGGUAGCUCCCUCUUCAAAAGCGACAUCCGCGAACGGUCACACUGAGGAGUUUCUCCUUCGAUUCCGCCGAUUCGCCCACCACAACGACACGGACAUCGUUGACAGCUUGGUAGAGUACUGGACCGAUUGGGGAGGCUUUCGAGCGCCGAUAUUUCGACACCAAGGCCUCUUUCCAUGGGACUGUACCGAAGCGCGCACUCUCAAGGAGGAGGCCGAUCACCCGCAAAAGAAGUGUGGGGAUUGUUCGUUGGCUAAGCAUCUUUGGGCCUUUCCGUUUGAUGCAUGGUCAGUAGCGCAGUUUCACCUUCUCAGGGAACGUCGCUUCUAUGCUCCAUCUCCAGUCACUGGGAAAGACAAUCAAAUUCAGAUGGCCGACCAUGACUGGGAGGAAAACAGACACCGCGUACUUGAAGCGUUUCAGGUCCUUGGCAGCAUGGGAGUUGCGAUGCAUCGAUCACAGGUUUUCCGUGACAGGUGUCGAUGGAAUUUCAAAGCUCGCGGGCUGCCUUUCGAAGACACCUCUACAGACCGAACCAUAUUCCACAAGGGUCGCGUGACUACUUUACGACAGCAAAUUAAAAGAGUUUUGCUAUCCGGGCAGUACUGUUUGGCUAUCCGGGCAGUAGUCCACUUUUUAGACCAAUGA